ACGGUUGCGAUGACGCAUUAACAGAUCCAAGCCCUUACAGUCGCCGAGUCGCGAAUGUUUCCCUGGCCGCCAAACGUACCGAAUCCCUAACCCUCUCGCUCUCUCUCUCUCUCUCUCUCUCUCUCUCUCUGCAGCUGAACCCCAGAGCAGGGAGAGUGAGAACACCAGAGACGAAGCCUAAGGGGAGAGAGAACGAAAGACGCGACAGAACUUCCAGGGAGAAAAAGAUAAGCUUUUAGAGAGAGACAGUAGAGGGAGAUGGAAGGCUCCUUCCUCUCUCCACCCGCGAAGCGUUCCAUCUACACUGCCACUGGAAUGUCCGAGCUCAGCCCUUACGCCCCCGCUGCAACCAACGGCUCGUACAAGCGGUCCAGGCCUCGGCCGCCGCCCCUCACGGUCCCCGCCGGCCACGUUGCCUUCCGGCUGCUCUGCCACUCCUCGCGUAUCGGCGGCGUCAUAGGCAAGUCGGGCACAAUCAUCAAGCAACUCCAGCAAGACACCGCCGCGAAGAUCCGCGUUCAGGAGGCGCUGCCGAGCUCCGACGACAGGGUUAUCAUCGUCAUUGCCUCGAGCAGCCUCAACAAGAUGAUGACGUUGAGUAGCUCGAAGGCUGAGAACAACGAUGGUGCCGCUGGCCAAGAGGCUUUGGAAGUGUCGGCGGCGCAGGAAGCUCUAAUUAGGGUUUUUGAGCGGAUUUUGGAUGUGGCUGCGGAAACCGAUGGGGACUCGGCCCCACCAGGGGGCGUGGUGUCGUGCAGAUUGCUGGCGGAGGCGAGCCAGGCGGGGUCAGUGAUUGGGAAGGGUGGGAAGGUUAUUGAGAAUAUAAGGAAGGACAGUGGUUGUAAAAUUAGGGUUUUGUCUGGGGAGAAGCUUCCCUCAUGCGCAGGGUCGAAUGAUGAGUUGGUGGAGAUUGAGGGAGAUAUUCUUGGUGUGAAGAAAGCACUAGUUGCUGUCUCUCGGCGGCUUCAAGACUGCCUCCCAGUUGACAAAACAAAGAAGAUUGGAAGCAGACAUGUUGAGGCAAAUGCACAGGAGGCCUUGCUUGAUCCACGUGUGGACCUUUCCCAGCGGAGUUCAGUACUGCAGCCUAAGUCAAGCAACCCAGUCAGUUAUUCUUCAGGAGGUCGACCCUUGUCCUUUGAGGCUGACAGGGUCUCUGUUUUGGACAGGAAAACAGUACAACAAGAAGUUAUUUUUAGGAUACUAUGUUCCAAUGAUAAGGUUGGGGGUGUUAUUGGUAAGGGAGGCACCAUUGUCAGAGCUCUGCAAAAUGAGACAGGUGCUUCUAUAAGUGUCGGUGCGUCCAUAGCUGAGUGUGACGAGCGAUUAAUUACUGUUACUGCAUCAGAGAAUCCAGAAUUGCGGUAUUCGCCAGCACAGAACGCUAUUGUUCUUGUUUUUGCUAGGUCUGUAGAGGCUGGCAUUGAGAAGGGGCUAGAUUCAGGCUCAAAUAAGGCAACUGUCUCUGCACGGCUUGUAGUCCCAUCAAAUCAAGCUGGUUGCUUGUUGGGAAAAGGAGGUGUGAUAAUUUCGGAGAUGAGAAGGGCAACUGGUGCUGGAAUACGAAUAUUAGGGGGUGACCAGCUCCCAAAAUGUGUCGUGGAAAACGAUGAAGUGGUUCAGAUUUCAGGGGAGUUUGUAAAUGUUCAAGAUGCAUUAUGUCGUGUCACUGGUAGAUUGAGGGAUAACCUUUUCCCUAAUACAGCACAGAAUGGAGCUGGAAUUAGGAGCAAUUCUUCUGCAAUAACUGAUAUCAGUCCCUAUGGAAGAGUAAAGGAUAUUGCCUCCCUUGGGAUACACACAUCACUUGGGCCUUCUCAUAGUCUCAACCAACAGACUAGUCUAGCACGGAGUAUGGAUCAUCUUGGUCUGUCUCAUGGUUUAGACCGUCCUGCUUCACCGCCAUUAUGGUCAUCGCAGUCAUUGGCUGGACUAAAUCUGCGGGUUGGCACGGAUGUUGGUAAAGGAUUAACCUCAUUUAAAGGUGGCUUGGAACUUGGCAGUGGAAGCAAAACAGCCAUUGUGACUAAUACAACCGUGGAGAUUGUAGUUCCUGAAAACGUCAUAGGCUCUGUCUAUGGAGAGAAUGGUAGCAAUUUAACCCGUUUAAGACAGAUUUCGGGUGCAAAAGUCAUAGUGCACGAACCCCGUCCUGGAGCAAGCGACAGGCUUGUCGUCAUAUCAGGGACACCUGAUGAGACCCAGGCAGCACAAAGUCUCCUCCAGGCGUUCAUUCUUACUGGACGAUCAUGACAUUAUCACCAUGAUUCUAUUUCCAGCUAGUGCAGGACCGCCACAGUUUGUCGUCUGUUUGAAACUUUUAUUUUUAUUUUGAUUUUUAGCUUUGUACACUAUGUUUUAGUUAUCUGAGGCAACUUUUUCUUUUUGGGCCGAACUCUUCAUUUUGUGUUGACUUCCCCAACUCUUAUUACUUUUAACUUAAGUGUAAUAUUUCUGUAAUGAGAUGUUACCAUUGUGUUA